AUGGCAUGUACUGAAGGGUGGAAGGUAUUGUUUGGUACUCACAUGUUGUCUGAGGAAGUUGAGGAUUGGUGGGAUAAUGCACGCCAGAGACUAGAGGUUACUGAGUAUGCUGCAAAGUUUGAAGAGCUGGUGAAAUUUUGUCCGCAUUAUUAUAGUGAUGCUGAUGAAGAGACUACUAGUGCUGACAUGUUAAUUCGAGGUACAUGUUUUAUCAAUGAUAUCCCUCUGAUUGCAAUUAUUGACACGGAUGCAACACAUUCUUUUAUUUCGCUUAAUUGUGCUAAGAGAUUGGAUCUACAGUUGUCUUCUAUUAUUGGAAGUAUUGUUAUUGAUACCCCAUUCAAUGGUUCAGUAACUAUAUCAUUGGUGUGUUUGAAGUGUCCUCUGACUAUUUAUGGUAAGAGUUUUGUGAUAGACUUAGUAUGCCUACAUUUGAGUCUGCUUGAUGUUAUCCUCGGAAUGGACUUGUUGGAGUUCAACCGUGUUAAUGUCAACUGGUUUUCCAAGACCUUAAUGUUUCCAGUGAUGGGAGGAGAUAGAGAGUUGAUGUUUGUGGCUGCUCAGAAAGUAGAAGAAUUCUUAAAAGAGGAGGCACAAAUGUUUUCCUUGUUUGCUUCUUUGGGAAUCGACAGUAAAGUUAUGAUGCAAGAGCUUCUAGUCGUGUGUGAUUUUCCCAAAGUGUUUCCAGAGCGUGAGUAG